CACAGAUCAAAUUACAACCUACCCACUAAAACGAAAUUUGUCACGUCGCUGAACUACGUCUAAGCGUUUUUUUGUAGACCAGUUACAUCGACGUCACUCUUCUUGAAGGUACAGAAGUUAUUUUAAGCCGUUGAUAGUGGCUCCAUGAACUCAGUUGCUUGCGAGCGGUUCAGGUGGUUUCGUUGUGGUAUUGAGUUCAAAGUUGCUUCUGUAGACAUGGCUUCUGAUGACAGCUUCCUGAAUGAGAUACCUAGCUUAGAGAAGGUUCCCGAUCAGUACGACGACCGGAUUGGUGAAAUGAGUGAAUUUUAUCAGAAAAUAGCCGCUGAAGAACUUCACGAAAGUGAAACCAUUCGGGAACAAAGUUUAAACCAAUUACGUGACUGGAUUGCGAAGCACCCCAACAUCCGGAAAUGUCGUACGGACGCUUUGUUCUUGUUGAGAUUCCUGCGCAGCAAAAAGUACUCCUUCAACGCGGCUUCCGAGUGUCUGGAGCGAUUCCUGGCCGCCCAUAUGGUUCAUCCCCACUGGUUGACCAACCUGGACAUUGAAGACCCCGAAUUGAACGCCCUCGUGACCGCUGGAUAUCUGUACCCACUACCGGAGCGAGACGCCCAUGGUCGGACGAUAAUCUUCAACGAAACGGUUCAGUUUGAUGCAACAAAGUUCAAGGCAUCCCACGCGACACGUGCCCAUCAGCUAGUCUUUGAAUCACUGUACGAUCAGCAAGAAGUCCAGUGCGCUGGCAUAGUGCACGUGUACGACGUCUCCGGCAUGACCAUGGCCCAGCUCAGCUUGAUUUCGCUUAACGAGAUCAAGACCCUGGCGGAGUACAUGGCCAAAGCGACGCCGUUGCGUAUCCGGGAGUUUCACUUCAUCAACACCCCGGGAGCAACGCUGGCGCUGGUCAACAUUGUGCUGCAAUUUCUAAGCGAAAAGCUUCGCAAAAGAGUGUUUUGCCACCGAAGCUGGGACGAGUUGUACGCCAAGGUGGACCGGAAACUGCUUCCUAAAGAGCACGGCGGACAAACGUCCAAAGCCGAGUGCAUCGAGAUCUUCAAGCGACGCUGUCAGCGGUUGCGCCCCAGAAUGCUGCAGAUGAACGAGUUGGCGCUGGACAUCAGCAGCAGAGAGGAGUCAAAGCACUGGCGAAGCGAAUCGAGCACCGAUGCCGAGCUGGAGGUGGGAGCGAUCGGGAGCUUUCGGAAGCUGGCGGUGGAUUGAAAGGGUGGUGGGAGUUUCCUGAGCUUCAUGUAAACUUCCUCCUUGU